AUGUCAAAAGAUGUUAAUGAUGCAUUGGUAGAUAUUUUAAUCGAGCAUGGAAAAAUGGAUCGUCCUGAAGCAAUAAAAUUAUUGCAGAAAUGGAUGAGUGAGAAGCGUUAUUUACGUGAUCUGUGGGCAUGA